UUCUCCGGCCCAGGCCCCGGCCCCGGCCCACCCCUCUCCUCAGCUGGGCCGUUGAGGGGCGGGGAAGUGGCGGGAAAAGCUGUGGUGAGGGGGGCGGGGCGCUGGGAGCCCCGAUCCAGCCCCAUCUCUGGGAGUUUUGAAGAACUUGGCUGAAGUCAGACAAGGUUACACUUUCAAAUCCAGGUAACCAGUGUUACGAUGUCUAAUCAGGAAUGUGAAAGUCCAGAGCUAGAAGAGAAGCAGGCUAAACCGAACAGCCCAUUCUUUGAUGAUAUAGAAAGACGUGAAUUACACAGUGAGAGCCUGUCCAGGAAGGAAUCGCCCAGCACAUCUCUGCUCUGCCCCACUGCAGAUGCGCCUGUAGCAGCAUUGGACGGCAAGUCAUCCAAUUAUUUUGCAGCCCUGGAUUCAAACAUUGAAAAUCUGCAGAGAAGAACGCAGCAGCUGAUCGAGGAGAUCAACGAGAACCGGAAGAAAGACCACACUGUCAUGAGCAAUUUCAGGGACAGCCUCAUGCUGAAGGUUUCGAGUUUGGCGGAGAAGCUGGAGGAAAGCAUGUUUCUCAUUUACGAUCGCCAUAACAAGCAAAUGCAGGAUAAGCUCCAAGAGCUCUCGGAGAUAAUGGAGAGGAUCAGCCAGAUCCAAACGGAGCUCAGACAAGUCUGCCACACUGUGGAGGCAGCUUAUAAAGACUUGUGCGUGCAGCCGGAGGUGUGAGAACACUAGGAAGAAGGGCCAGCUGGAAUCAAAAGCCCAGAUGAACCACUCAAACCAUCGUGUAGCUACUAUUCUGAUGCAAAAGGAAACACAAGACUACAGGUCAGAUAAGGGCCUCUUUUUCUAUUCCUGUUGCAGUUUGUUUGAUUGUUAAAGUUAUUUUAAAAACUCCUGAACUUUCAACCUCUGGUAGUGUCCUAAAGGGCCUGAGAGCCAGACAGGUUAAAAAACACACCUGCUAAAAUUCAGUCUUUAUAAAAGUGGGAAUAGGUGAGAUGUAAUUAAAGUCCACUGAAGAUACAAAAGGAUUAUACAAUGGCCAGUGGCUCUUGUCAAACUUCUGCACCCUGCUGCCUUCGAAAUGUCUUUCUUCCGGUGUGUCAGGGGGAGAUGUUGUCGCUCUCUCUCACAUAGCACUGUUUAUUAUAAAAGGCAUUUUAUAAAGAUCACAUGAAUGUUA